AUGUCGGAUCUGCAUUCGGAGAAGCAUUUGGAAGGAGGACAACUCGUUUUCUUGCCACAUGACCAAUCAUAUUGCACCGCGGAUGCUCAACAACCACGCAGACACAGUGAAAAUAUUAGAUAUCAUGACGACACAACGUUCAUCGCUGGCGAGAACAAGCGUGCGGAGAUUCGGGAGGAAAUAGUAUAUGAAGGAUGGAGUCCUAGUGAAGUCAGAUUUGUUGACCGUUGGUUACGCCCACGCCGUGCUACUUUAACCAUGUUGUUGCCGCUGAUUGCGCUCUGCCUUCUUCUGCUGCAUGGAUGUGUACUUUGCAUCGCUAAGAAGCCUCCAGUCAUCAAGGGAAAUACCCAGUUCUUUCCGCCAACCAUCCAACAAUCCUGGGCGGCCUAUACGCCUUAUUUUCCUGUGAAACAAUACUCGCCUCCACCAGCGCACUGCAAGAUUACUCAAGUCAACAUUAUUCAACGCCACGGAGCACGAUUCCCGACCUCCGGUGCCACAACUAGAAUUCUGACCGCAGUGAAUAACCUUAAAUCUGCUACUGAUUUUUUGGAUCCUCGGCUAGAUUUCCUUCGUAACUAUACGUAUACACUUGGCAAGGACAACUUGAUACCAUUUGGGGCCCUGCAAUCGGUUGAUGCAGGUCAAGGAGCAUUUCAACGAUAUUCACAACUUGUAUCUUCAAAAAAUCUACCUUUCGUUCGCGCUUCCGGUAGUACUCGGGUAGUUGAUUCUGCUACCAAUUGGACUUCAGGAUUUUCGUUGGCAAGUCAUAAGGCAUUCAACCCAGUCCUGUCAGUAAUUUUGGAUGAAUCGCUUAACGACACUCUGGACGAUUCAAUGUGUCCCAAUGCUGGCUCUUCAGAUCCUCAGACCAACAUUUGGACAUCCAUCUACGGAGCCCCUAUCGCGGCCCGUUUAAACGCCCAAGCUCCGGGAGCGACGGUCACAGCAGCUGACAUUUCGAACCUCAUCCCACUCUGCGCGUUCGAAACGCUGGCCAAAGAGAUACCCAGUCCUUUCUGUUCCCUUUUCACAGAAGAUGAAUUUGCACAGUUCGAGUACUUUGGCGACUUGGACAAGUUUUACAACACAGGAUAUGGGCAAGCUCUGGGACGCGUGCAAGGCGUAGGCUACGUCAACGAACUGAUUGCUCGGCUCACCGAGUCUCCCGUGCGCGACAACACGCAGACAAACCACACGCUCGACGCUUCACCUGUAACGUUCCCGCUGAACCGGACCAUCUAUGCAGAUUUCUCUCAUGACAACCAGAUGAUCGCGAUCUAUGCCGCUCUCGGGCUGUUCAACCAGACUGUCCCGCUGGAUCCCACUGCACCCGAUCCGGCCAGGACAUGGAUCGCUAGCCAUCUCACGCCGUUCAGCGCGCGCAUGGUGACCGAGCGCUUGUCGUGCGGCAGCACUGGUCCUGCCGCCGGCCAUGGACAGGGGAAAAUCAAGCCGCAGACGUUCGUGAGGAUCCUUGUGAACGACGCUUUGCAGCCGCUCCCUUUCUGCGGGGGCGAUCGCAACGGCCUGUGCACGCUCGAUGCGUUCGUGGAAAGCCAGUCGUACGCCCGGAAUGAUGGCGAAGGCGACUUCGAGAAGUGCUUUUCUUGA